AUGGCGGCGGGCCAGGUGGUGCUGCUGACUCUGGCGGCUUGGAUAACAUACUGGAUUGGCUUGUAUCAACGAGCACUGCAAUGGAUAUGCAGUCGACUGGGCGUGGGCAGCACCAUGGCUGGUGGCACGCCCCUCAGCCCCCAAGAGCCGCUCAUUCUCUAUGAAUAUGAAGGCUGCCCCUACUGCUUACGAGUCCGUGAAGCCAUUUCGGUUUUGAACCUGGACGUCAUCAUAUACCCUUGCCCUCGGGAGACCCUGCGUCAGAACAACUUUUGUCGCGACUCGCGCUUUCGAGCCGUGGUCGAGCGCAAGGCGGGCCAAAUUCAAUUCCCUUUCCUCAUUGACCCCAACAGCAACGGCCAGGCGGCGCAGGGGAUGCUCGACUCAACAGCUAUCAUUGAAUACCUGUGGACCACCUACGGCGCCGACGCCUCCCCUCCCCUAAACUAUCGCCUCGUGCAUGCCAAGGUCCUGCAAGCUUUCUUUGGUAUGCUGGACAUUGCCUCGCGGCUGAUCUGGCGGGCACUUCCGCAAAACGGGCUUCUACGCGCACCAUCACGACAACCAACUCAGAUGCUCGAGCUGUGGGGUCGCGAGGGCUCACCAUAUGUUCAACUUGUGCGCGAGGCGCUUUGUACCCUCGAGCUCCCAUACCGUUACGUGACAGUCCCCUUUGGGGCCGAGGAGAAACGCGCAACGUACCGCGCCAUGUUUGGCCGCCACUUGCCGGAAUGGCGGAAAAAAGCCAAUCUUGUCAUGAUCCCGUUGCUACUGGACCCAAAUACGGGUGCAGAGCUGGUCGAAUCCCGCGAAAUUCUGUCAUAUCUACGCAAGACGUAUCAGGUGGGUGAUCCACCUCGUGAGACGGUGGCAGACCUGCGCAUCCCCACCAGCAAAAGCAAGCACAAUUAAUGUCUGCGUCUCUAUCGAAUUGAUUGCCAAGCAUCUC